UAGUCGACAAUGGCUCUAUCUUUAAUCUUUGUUCGCCAAUAUGCCUCUUUAGUCUCUGAUUUUUGACAGCCCAAGUGGAAAUACCGAAAGAGAUUCAUUCCCGAAAAUGUACAAAUUUACAAACAGUUUAAACUAUGCAAACUUGGUUUUGGUGAGGAAACAGCUUGGCGAUGGCUCGUGCGCCGCCCUUGUAGUGAUGCGUGCGCCCCGGCGUAAUGCCGGCAACGAGAAAUGUCAGCAUCAGGUCCCGGUGCCGCCGAAGUCUAGAAAGCUCUUAUGGGGCACAAUAAGUGCGGCGGUACUUACGGGCGCAGCUGUCGUCUAUGCCAAGUCCUCCCCAGAUACAAGAAACUGGUUAGAAUCGAAUGCCCCUUGGGCUAACGACGUCAUAGCCGUGGUGUACCAGGAGAACACAACAUACUGGAAGUUUACUGUGGCCCAAGCCAACAAGGCUGUGACAGCAGUCACCAAUUUCAUGUUUGGCAAGGAAGGUGUCACUCCCAUGCAAUUUCAAACAAGACCCGAACAGGAUUUGGACAAGGAUGCAGCAGAGGCGUUCAAGAGAAAAGACUACGAAUUGCCGCCUCCGCCGUUUAAACCUUUGUAUGUAGAAGAGCAGAAAUAUGAGACACCCGAGAUUGAAACAUCUGCUACGCUAAUCCAAACUGAGAAGUGCGACCCAGUGGAGCCGCCGGUAAUAAAGAUCACCAAGGAUAUGAUCGAAUUGGAGCAGGAAAUGCAUGAGAACACCAAAAUAGCCAUAGACAAUUAUAAAGUGGCGACAAAACACUGCGCACAAUAUAAUAAAGCUCUAUAUGAGUUCAUGGAGUCUCCGAUCGAGGAUUUUGAUAAAAAGCUUCUUGGUGUCCUGGCUGGUGCUCAGAAUGAGCGGAAACUCGCUUAUGCCAAGGCCAGGGAGGGAUCUACUAAGGCCAAGUGUGCAUUGGAUACCCUGGACCGCCUGAUCAAAUCUGGUGUUCAAGCGCCCCCCGAGUCUAUAGCUCAGACAUUACGUUACAUCAAACAGUUCAGAAACGAUUUAGCCAAUGCCGAAGAAGCUUACCAAGCGGAGUUCGAGAGGUCUGUCGUUGCUGACAAGUAUUGGAACAAGGUACAAGCCGCCAGAACGAUGUUCAAGGAUGAGUUGCAAUCGCUGUUCCCAGGCAUCGACCUAACCACUAGGAAAUUGGACCUGAGGGGCGACACUGAUUUACUUCUGCUGUAUGCUCUCAAAAGGAUUCAAUAUCUGCAAAGCCAGCUAGCUGAAUUGGAGACUGUGCGAGAGUUGAAGAUCAAUAGAGCUAUUGAAUGUCACGAAGAAAAAGCCAUCAUAGAAGCAAAAGUAGAAGAUAUCAUCAAGAAAGAGAGACACAUAAAAGAGAAUGAAUUCCAAAAAAAGAGCCUUGAGGUACAAGCCGAGGCAAACAGGAAAUUGAAGGAAGAAUUGAAAAAGCAGGUCGAGAUUCAACAAGAGGUGCUACAAGACAAACUCAAUAGAAAAGAGAAGGAGGUUAUGGCCAAAUACGCCCGUUCCGUGUCCGAACAAGUUGAGAAAGAGCGUGUUGUGUUCAAGAAGGAGUUAGCCGCCAUGGCGGGGAAACUGAAGGCCAUCGAGCAGACUUUGAAACAGCGCGCGAAGGCGGAAGCGGAAGCCCGCCGCUCGCAGUCGCUGUGGGCGGCGGGCGAGGCGCUGCUGGCCGCCACCCGCAGGCCGCAGCCGCAGGCCAAGGUGGACAGCGAGCUCAAGGCGCUGGAGGACGCUGGCAAAGGCGACAAAUUAGUACAAACGGUGCUGAAGGGCAUACCGAAUGAGGUUCGUGAGAAGGGAGUGGCCACGGAGAAAGCUCUACGAGACAAAUUCGAUGUGUUGGAAAAAACAGCAAUGAAGGUAGCCUUAGUCGGUCGCGAGGGGGCCUCUCUGCCUAUCUAUUUCCUCUCGUGGUUGCAGUCCAAACUUCUCUUCCAGAAGUUUGCAGAGAUCCCUCAAGAUGAACUGGACAACCUUCCAGUGGAUUUUUCCAACUUAGACACCCACGAUAUCAUCCUGAGGGCGAGGUACCACAUGGACCACGGGAACCUGACGUCAGCCGUCCGCUACAUGAACCUGCUGCAGGGCGCCCCGCGGGCGGCGGCCGCCGGCUGGGUGUCCGCGGCCCGGAGGCACCUGGAGGUGCGGCAGGCGGCCGAGGCGGUCAUGGCGCACGCUUCGGUCGCGGCGCUGCUGCACCUCUAGGGCUGGGGGGCGGCACCGCGUGAGGUAAUAGAGCGACAGUCGAAUCGGUUGGGAAAAAUCACGGACAUACAUGUAUAGCCGAAACGAACUGUGACGCGUUAGUAACGCCUUGAUUAGUAUAAUUGAUGCUCUUUAUUUACACGUUAUUUAUUGAAUAUAAAUAGAUUUUCGGGUGCAAACACGUUAUUAUAGGUUUACAUUAACUAAUGACGUCUCAACAUUCACAUGACACCAACAUGCGGCUUUUCUGAUGAGAAGCGGUUACCAUCGCCUCCCAAGGUUGGAACGAAUAAGCUGAGACGAAUUACAACCAUUUUAUAGUUUGCUUAUAGUUUUGAUUCUAACGCUGUUUUUUUUUUAUAUUGCUUAACCGAGGAAAUGAUUACGUGUAACGGUUUAGUUAUCGUUAUAGUGAAAUGGUGCAACCCACAU